AUCAAAUCUUCACAAACGCAAACGUGCCGAUUAGUCUAAUCAUAUUAGCAAAUUAUGCCGAAAUAAUUGUGAACUCGGGUUUUAUUGAUGCAAGUUGUUCAAGCGGGAUGCAUGAGGUCGUUUUACAGGCUGCUGAAAAAAUUAGCAAACCUCCAUUACGGCAAAUUUCGUUGCAUUAAGCAGUGCCGUUCAAAAGUCCUUCAAAGAAAAACAAUGUCUACUGUAACCCUUUAGGAGACUAACUCGGCAGAGCAUCACUGGCAUAGCUAGAUAAAAUUAAGUAUCAUGAUAUGAAUAUUGACAUAUCUACCAACAAACCUAGGGAGGCGACUAUGCAAUGGCAAUACAGAAUGUAAUACUUCUAAAAGAAAUUAUAGAAUUAUACAACACAAAAUAUAUAAUAUAAAU